AUACAUAUUUUUUGCUCCACAGAUCACCAGAAGUUGGAGCGAGAGGCCCGGAUCUGCCGCCUGCUAAAGCACCCCAACAUUGUGCGGCUCCAUGACAGCAUCUCAGAGGAAGGAUUCCACUAUCUGGUCUUUGACUUAGUCACCGGUGGAGAGUUGUUUGAGGACAUAGUUGCCAGAGAGUACUACAGCGAGGCCGAUGCCAGUCAUUGCAUUCAGCAGAUCCUAGAGGCUGUGCUCCACUGCCACCAGACGGGCGUGGUCCACCGUGACCUCAAGGUAAGUGAACUCACCAUGAAGACCAAUCAAAGCAUUCUAUCCUGCAGCCUCACACUCCAACACCUUGUAUUCUUCCGUCCAUGUUGAUUCUUCUUCUCACAUUACCUCUGCACUACUUCCAGGAUCACGUUUCUAUUUAAUAUCAACUUCCCUCUCACACUGAGCAGGCUGUAGAAGAGUUAAUGGGCCUGAGAAUGAGGCUGGCAGUCCUCCAGGCGCUCUGCAGCUGUAAACAGCAGAGCAGUGUAACAGCCACUCUGUAUCUGGAGGAGAUCUGCCAUGUGCUGUGGAGUGCUCAAUGUUCUUUA